CAUGAGAUCCCGGGUCUAUAAGUUUUAGGUUACUUUGGAUUUCUGUGAAGACUUUAGGAAUCUGGCUUUGUGGGGAUUCCGUGACUUGGCAUAUGGCUUGUGAAGGGUACUGACUUCCUAGAAACAGACAGCUCCUACAAGUGAAGAAAAUAGAUCUGAAGUCCAGAAAUUCAUCCUUGCUGAGGAUACCUUUGAUGAGAGACCAUUUCCAGAAUUUCAGGGCAGACAGAUCCUAGGGAUGCUGGCCAUUUCCGGAGGGCUGCUGAAAAUGAUCAAGUCCCAGGGUUUAUUGUCAUUCAAUGAUGUGGCUGUGGACUUUUCCUGGGAGGAGUGGCAGCUACUAGACCCUGUUCAGAAGAACCUCUACUGGGAUGUGAUGUUGGAAAACUAUAGCAAUCUAAUGUCAUUGGGUUAUCAAGCCACCAAGCCAGAAGCGAUUGUCCAAUUAGAAAAAGGAGAUGAACAAGGGAUAGUAGAGAAGGAAUUCCCAAGUCAGUGCAGUCCAGAAGUAAUCUGGCAAAUUUAUGAUUGCUAUCAGGAAAAUAUUGAGAAGGAUGAACCUGUGGACAGAGACCAUGACAGUAACACAUUGGGGAAGAUAUUUUCUCUGAGCAAAAACUUUGUUCCUUUAAUAGACAGACCCUAUAAAUGUGUCUCAAAAGGAAUAAAUUUGAAACAAAAUUCAGAUUCAAAUUUUCAGAGUAAAAACUACGCAGAAAUGAACUGUGAUGAGUUAAAUGGCCUUGGGAAAUCAUUUUUCCACACUCAACAUGAAAAAUCCCACCGUCAAGUACAAUACUACGAACAUAAUUCAUGUGUAAAGACUUUCAACAUAAUGACAAACGUUAGAAGACACCACAGAAUUCACACAGAUGGGAAACCUUAUGAAUGCAGUGAAUGUCCAAAGUCCUUCAGGUAUAAGUCAAAGCUCAUAAUCCACCAGAGAACUCAUACAGGAGAGAAACCGUAUGGAUGCAGUGAAUGUCAGAAAGCUUUCAGCACAAAAUGUCAUCUCACUCUGCACCAGAGAAUUCAUACAGGAGAGAAACCAUAUGGAUGCAUCGAGUGUCAGAAAUCCUUCAGAACAAAAUAUCACCUCAUUCUACACCAGAGGACUCAUACAGGGGAGAGACCCUAUGAAUGCAAAGAAUGUGGAAAAGCUUACAGGGAGAAGACAAAACUUAGAUUACAUUACAGAACUCAUACAGGAGAGAAACCUUUCAAGUGUGGUGAUUGUGGAAAAGCUUUCAUCCAGAAGUCAAACCUGAUUAUUCAUCAACGAAUUCAUACAGGAGAUAAACCCUAUGGAUGCAAAGAAUGUGAAAAGGCCUUCUGUAGUAAGUCUCAGCUCAUUGUUCAUCAGCGAAUUCAUACUGAAGAAAAAUCUUAUGAAUGUAGCGAAUGUGGGAAAGCCUUCAAUAAAAACUCACACCUCAUAACACAUCAGAGAAUUCAUACAGGAGAGAAACCUUAUGAAUGCAGUGAACGUGGAAAAGCAUUCGUACAUAUGUCACAGCUCAUUGUACAUCAGCGAACUCAUACAGGAGAAAAACCUUAUGAAUGCAAGGAAUGUGGGAAGACCUUUAAUAAAAAAUCACACUUCAUAACGCAUCAAAGAAUUCAUACAGGGGAGAAACCUUAUGAAUGCAGUGAAUGCAGAAAAGCUUUUAUAGACAAUUCACAGCUUAUUGUCCAUCGGAGGACUCAUACAGGAGAGAAACCCUACGAAUGCAAAGAAUGUGGGAAAGCCUUUAAUAAAAAGUCAUCCCUAGUAACUCAUCAGAGAAUUCAUACAGGAGAGAAACCUUAUGAAUGCAGUGACUGUCAAAAAGCUUUUAUAGAAAAGUCACAUCUCAUUGUCCAUCAAAGAACUCAUACAGGAGAGAAACCUUAUGAAUGCAGUGAAUGUGGAAAAGCUUUCAUACAAAAGGCAGUGCUCAUUGUACAUCAGAGAACACAUACAGGAGAGAAACCCUUUGUCUGUCUUGAGUGUCAGAAAGCCUUUAGCAGUAUGGCAAUGCUCAGUAGACAUCAACUGAUUCAUACAGGAGAGAAACCCCAUGGAUGCAAUGAAUGUGGUAAAGCCUUCCGACAAAAAAGCCAUCUUAUUAUUCACCAACGAUGCCAUACUGGAGAGAAACCAUAUGGAUGCAUUCCAUGUGGGCAAAUCUUCAACCAAAAGUCACAGCUCAUUAGACAUCAGAGACGUCACACCGGAGAAAAACCAUAUCAGUGUAGUGAAUGUGGGAAAGCAUUUUUUGAAAAAUCAUACCUCAGUGUCCACCAGAGAAGUCAUACAGCAGAGAAACCCUACCAAUGUAAUGAGUGUGGAAAAACUUUCUCUGUCAAGUUUUUUCUCACUUCACAUCUGGAAUUUCAUACAGGAAAGAAACCUUAGGAACACAGUGAGGGCUGGAAAGACUUUGUGAGAUGUCAAAUCUUGAAUACAAGAGAACUCACACAAGAAACACCCUACGAAUGCAGUGAGAGUUGGGAUACUUUUCCAAUAAUUUUAGACUUUGUAAGCAUCAGAAAACUCAACCAGGAGAGAAAUCUUUUAAAUGUAGUGAACAUGAAAAAUUGUCUCCCAACAAUGUAGCCUCAUAUUUUAUCAGGGAAAUUAUAGAGAAGAAAGACAAUAUGAAUAAAUCAGAUGAUGGAAAUCUUGUCUUGAGAAAUUGCAUUAUACAUUACAUGGAAAUGAAAUCUUUUGAGUGCAACAAAUGUUGAAACACUUUUCAAAAAACAUAGCUCAUCACAAAUUAGACAGUUUUCCCUGAGGAAAAAUCCCACCGAUGCUGUGAAUGCUGAAACACCUUUCCAGUAAAUAACUUUUCUUUUCGUACCAAAGAAUACAGAUGACUGAAGACCUGUGAAUGGGGAUGCUUCUGACAUGAAGUACAGCCUUAUUGUGGAUCAGGUAAUAUUUAUUGAGGAAAAAUAUAUAAUUAAUGAUGUUGGAGACUGUUGUUCAUGUAUAAGCAAUUUUGUAAUACAAAUCCUCAUUCUGCUACAUUAUCAUAUAUAUAGAAAACAACACUAAGUAGUCAGUUAUGAAGAGAACAUAGCAUCAGUGUGGUAAAUAACACUCUGUUACGUGUUUGGGUAUACAGAAUAGUCAGAGCAGUAAAUAAAGAUCGGUCCCAGAUGUAUGUACUUGCUUUGUGUCUUGAGUGUUUUUGUAGAACAUCUAUAUAGCAAUUUUUAAAUUUCACAAGAUAAUGAAAGAAAAUUGUUAGCCGUGAAAUUCCUCUUCCAGUUUUUAUGUGUAGUAACCACCAAAAAAAAUGCCAGUACUUUAAAUUUGUAGAUCAUAUAAAUUGCAAGAGAUGUAGUCAAGCUUACCAUUAAACAAGAACUCUGCAAUACACCACCACAUACCUUUGUUUUCCUGAUUGUUGAUAUAUGUAAAUGGAUCUGGUAGUCCUCUUUAACGCUUUUGAAUAAUAACACCAAGCUUUUUUUAAAAAAACAAAAUUUAUUCUGGUUCUCAGAAAAAAUACUCAUUAAAAAUAUCGAGAUUUAAAAGUGAUGAUUAAUCACAGCUCUUCUGUCUCCAAAUGAGUUCUAAAAAGUGGAACAGCUAAUGUUUUCAGGGAAAUGAAGACUGAAAUGUCAUUUUGUUGGUGGUAUUGCUCAAGUGGGGAAUGUGGCUUGGACUUACAGUCAAGUGCUUCCUACUGCUUUCCACCAAAAUCUAGUAAUUUGGAUAUAACUCCUAAAGGUAGUCUCAGUUUCAUUUCAGACACACUUUGAUCCAAGCAGCUGACUCACACUCAUCAUCCUUCCACAGUGGAGACUGAGAAAAAAUAGUCUGCAUAUGUACCUUGUUAAGGCUCACCCUGCAUCCCCUACCAAUGGUGCUAACCACCAUGACAGCAGAUUUAAGAAACUGUCUUCAUACUGCAGACAGGCUAACCCAAAUACAGAAAAAGGGAGACUAGACUAGCCAUACAGAAACUUUUGAUAACUCACAAAUAUGAUAACCACACUAUUCUUCCUUUGCAGAGAAGUCGAUAACGGCACAGGAAGAAGUGUGUAAAGUGCUCUUCCCAAUAUUCUAGAAGUAGUCAAAGUUGCUCUUUAAGAAGUCCAGUUACAAACGUGAAGAUACAGAAAAUGUUUCAGCCUACUAAAAAAGGAAGGGGGAGUCUUGCUAAUUAUGUUGAAUGUGCAAGUUCAUGAAAUACGUAUUCAUACAUUAGAAUACUAAAAACAGCAAAAUAUAUGGCUCAGCCACAUACAUCAAAGAAAUGAGUGUCACCAACUUACAGUGCAAAAACUAGUUGCAUAAGGUUACAUCCAGUAUAUCUGUGUGUGUUAUCAAUGCAUUGCUUCUCAGACACAAAUCUUCCCUUCUUAGUCCCUGGAUUUGGAUGUUGUAAACAUUUCUCCUUUGCCAGCUGGUGCACUUACUUUUAUAUAACUUAAAAUUGAAGUUUAGAUAACUUACCUGGCUUAGUAAAAACCCAAAACCAAAUAACAUUGCUGUUGAAUCAGCCUGUGAUUGGUAUAUUUUACAUACCUUGUAGGGAUUGGUCAGUAUGCAAAUGAAGUGACCUGACUUGGUAAGCAAAAAAUAAAAAAUAAGAA